AUGAGCCGAGUCGUUUGCUUCCGGAACCUCUGCCCGUUAGAGACGGUGCUGUCGGUCCGAGAGUUUCUGAAAGAUCAAGUCUAUGACACCGUGUCCGAUUCCGUUGACCUCGCACCCAGCUGGGAGUUCUAUCCUGUGACGCUUGUAAGUCCAUCAGAUGACAAAAUGGGUGAUCUUCAGCCCAGUUUUCCGCGUGGAGUUUUCCAAAACAUUCCUAAACCCGGUCUGUCGGAGAUCCUGGUCCGAAGGUACCGCCCCGGCGAGCGCCGCAGCCACGCCGUGCACUACGACGGCCACGCCUAUGCCACCGCCGUGCUGGGCAUCUCGGAGCCGGAGGAGUUUCGAGGAGGACUCUACUUGCAACCAGAGGCCAGUGCAGAGUCGAAACGUUUCUGCAACUUGUCUCCGGGAGAUGUGGUGUUGCACAGCUUCAACCUUCAGCAUGGGGUGGACGUCUUUGAGGGCGAGCGCUACAGUGUGAUCUUUUGGUUCAAAGAUUCAGAAGCUUCGGUGAAAGAUGGCAGCACCCCGUGGUACGACACGAUGGCGGCAGAAUCCUCUGACACAUCCGUAGAUGCGCUCUACAACCUGGGAGUCCAGUUCGAACUUGGGGUCCAUGGCAAGGAGAAAGAUUUCGAGAAGGCAAAGGACUUCUACCGCCGUGCUGCAGAGAGGGGCCACCAUUUUGCUCAGAACAAUUUGGCGCUGCUGGAAGCUGAUGACCAGGUUGCGGAGAAGUGGUUGAGAGCUGCUUCCGAGAAAGGUCACAGCACUGCUCAGAUGAACCUGGCGAUACAUUUGUUGUGCCAAGAUGAGAAUGAUCCCACGGCUGCGGAGUGGAUGAAGCUGGCUGCUUCGCAAGAGCCCAAAGCGGCUUUCUAUAUGGGCGACAUGUACAGGCGGGGCGUGAGUGUUGCUGAAGACCUUGAAGAAGCUGCAAAGUGGUUUCGUCGGAGCGCAGACAGGGGUUUCUUCCCCGGGUUCACCGAGCUGGGGCUGUUGAGCUUCGCGACUGGCGACUUCGAGGAGGCUGCGAAGCUCUUCGAGGCUGCUGUUGUGGGCGACCCCAAGGCCUGGGAACAUUUGGUGACGAGCAGACGCUUGGCUUACGGUGAGAGCGAAGUGACCCAGUGGGGCAAGCUUGCUGGGAGAGGCCACCCAGAGGCUGGGUUCACAGCCGGUCGUUUCCAUUUGAUAGUUGGAUCCUAA